AUGGAUCUUCUAUGCUUGAUCGUUGAGGCUGGCCUCAUCAGUCAAGCGUUUCUUUGCUUAUCCAUUGCAUUAUCUAUUCUAUUCCUUUGGGUCUACUUUCCAAGUGGCUUAUCGCCUAUACCAGGUCACUUCCUUGCCAAGAAUACCAACGUGUGGAGGUUGAUUGAUGUGGCCAGAGGACGAGCCCACGAGACGCAUUUGGCAUUGCACAAAAAGCAUGGGCAAUACGUGCGCCUUGGUCCCAGUGUUGUCAGUAUACAAAACUUGGAGGUACUCAAAACUAUUUACAGUAUCAAGAACCCCUACAAAAAGAGUGACUACUAUAAAGUCGCACAACAGAUGGCUGGAGGAAAAUUAGCACCCACGUUGUUUUCUACAGUGGAUGAACAACACCACUCUGCAAUCAGACGACCAGUCUCUUCCACUUAUGCCAUGGGUAAUGUGGUAGCGCUUGAAAAGGGGGUUGACGAACUCAUCAAGGCUUUACUUGGUCGCCUAGACAAAUUUGCUGCAGGCCAGGAAGUCUGCGACAUCGGGAUGUGGCUCCAAUUCUAUGCUUUUGAUGUGAUAGGCAAGAUUACUUUUGGCAGGCCAUUGGGCUUCUUAAGCGAAGAAAAGGACGUGGAUGGCAUCAUAAAAUCUCUCAUUAGGGCUCAGGACUAUGUUGCUGUGAUUGGACAAAUUCCAUGGCUCGACUAUUUGCUUCUCAAAAACCCUCUGCUGAGGUUCUUUGGAGGCGGCACUGGAGCAAUCGCCAUUUUUGCAAUAAAGUCCUUAGAAGAACCUCUUUCCAAGGGCCUGAGUUGUGACGAAAACACGACCGACGACUUUCUUCACCGCUUUUUAGCUGCUAAGCAACAUCAUCCUGCUGUUGUCACUGACUGUCAAAUAUUCCAGUACACACUUAGCAACGUCACAGCAGGCUCAGACACAACUGCCAUCGCGCUUCGAUCAAUCCUGUACUUCCUAAUGAGAAAUCCUCAUUGCAUGGACCUCCUUCAAAAUGAACUAUUUCUCGCCCGAAAAACAGGCGCUUUGUCUCUCCCUGUCGAAUGGAAAGAAAGCCAGCAGUUGCCAUAUCUCAGUGCGGCAGUCAAAGAGACUUUCCGUCUCCACCCGCCUGUCGGGCUUCUUCUGGAACGGGUCGUCCCAGAUGGAGGGCUUCAGUUACCAGACGGGCCUUUUCUUCCAUCUGGUACGAUAGUUGGCGCCAAUCCAUGGGUUGUACACCGCCAUUCAGUAUUUGGUGAGAAUUUGGAAUCAUUCGACCCCGGAAGAUGGCUCCAGAGAUUCGACGAGUCUGAGGACGACUUCAACGCCAGAAAAUCUCUAAUGCUCAGUGCGUCUCUCACUUUCGGUGCUGGACCACGAACCUGCAUCGGCAAAAACAUCAGUUUGCUUGAGAUCUACAAAACUAUUCCAACACUGCUUCUCACGUAUGAGUUCGAGUUGGACAACAAUGCAAGGAGCUGGGAAACCUGGAACUCGUUCUUUGUCAGGCAAUCGAACUUCAUGGUCAAGUUAAGAAAGGUUCGCGAUCAGAAUAGUGCUUAA